UCCAUGUAUAAAAACCACGGUAAGGAAUCCUUUCUGUGUGCUCAAGAACCAGGAAUCGCGGCGGUUCCCAGUUUUUACCUAUUUCUCUCUUCUUCAGUCAACUAUCUCUCCCAGUUUCAAGCCUUGAUUCUUAUAAUUUCACACACCAUCUCUAAAUUUCCCCGAUGGAAUCCGUCGGAAUCAGUAUCUACGCCGUUCUUUCCUCGAUUCCGUCGCCGUAUUUUUCCACGAUUGUAAGUGAAUUUCUUAUCUAGAUUCGGAAUUGGCCUUGAUUCAAAUCUGUGUGUGUGUUUGGGGAUUCUCUGUUUUAAUGGAGGAGAGGCAUGUUCUGUUUGGUAAAUAUGAGAUUGGGAGGUUCCUUGGGAAGGGGACUUUUGCUAAGGUCUAUUAUGGAAAAGAAUUGGAGUCUGGAGAAAGUGUAGCGAUUAAGGUUUUAAACAAGGAUCAGGUCAAGAAGGAAGGGAUGAUGGAGCAGAUCAAGCGCGAGAUCUCCGUUAUGCGUCUUGUUCGUCAUCCAAACAUUGUUGAGUUGAAGGAAGUAAUGGCGACGAAGACGAAGAUCUUCUUCGUUAUGGAUUAUGUUCGCGGUGGUGAGCUCUUUGCCAAAGUUGCAAGAGGAAGACUCAAGGAAGAUGUGGCUCGGAAGUAUUUCCAGCAGUUAAUCAGUGCCGUCGAUUACUGUCAUAGUCGUGGAGUUUCUCACCGCGAUUUGAAGCCGGAAAAUCUUUUGCUGGAUGAGAACGAAGAUCUCAAGAUCUCCGACUUUGGACUCUCCGCUCUACCGGAACAGCUUCGGAACGAUGGUCUUCUCCACACGCAGUGCGGGACUCCGGCCUACGUCGCACCGGAAGUACUAAGAAGAAAGGGCUACGAUGGAGCCAAAGCCGAUAUCUGGUCUUGCGGUGUGAUUUUGUAUGUUUUGUUAGCAGGAUUUCUUCCGUUUCAGGAUGAGAACAUCAUGACCAUGUAUAAGAAGGUUUUCAAAGCCGAAUUCGAAUGUCCGCCAUGGUUCUCCGCUGAAGCGAAGCGUUUGAUUUCAAAAAUCCUCGUCGUAGAUCCAGAAAGACGAAUCACAAUCGGAGCAAUCACGCGAGUUCCUUGGUUCCGGAAAGAUUUCUCGAGAUCGCUCUCGUUCACGAUGAAAGAAUUAGUCGCAGCGAAAACAGAGGAUUCCGAUUCCGAGAGUCCAAAACUAUCGACGCCAAAAUUCUUCAAUGCGUUCGAGUUCAUAUCGACGAUGUCAUCGGGAUUCGAUCUAUCGAGCUUAUUCGAAAACAAAAGGAAGACGGGAUCCAUAUUCACAUCGAGAUGCUCAGUGUCGACGAUCAUGGAGAAAAUCCAGACGGUGGCGAAGAGACUGAGCUUCAAGGUCUCGGAAGUGAAAGACUUCAAGCUCCGGCUGCAAGGUCCGGGGGAGGGGCGAAAAGGAAAGCUGUCUGUGACGGCGGAGGUGUUCGAAAUAGCGCCGGAAGUUGCCAUAGUCGAAUUUUCAAAGUCGGCCGGGGAUACUCUGGAAUAUUCGAAGUUCUGUGAAGAAGACGUUCGGCCGGCGUUGAAGGACAUCGUUUGGACGUGGCAAGGUGAUUGUGUCCCUACCGGUGACGGACGUCACGGCCAACUUGACGGCGACGGCUUUUUGUGAAAAAAGGGAGAUAGAUGGUGACAGCGUGUGUGAAGAUUGGUUUCUGUUACAAGUUUUAACUGCUUUUUCUUAAACACAAAUAGCCUUUUGGAGGGAAAAGAGUGCUUUUUGCUGCGAGUUUUUGUGAAUACCAACUUUACCAAAUACUAUUAUAAAAAGAACAUCUAAAAAGUAACAAAAUUUAAAA